AUGGAGCAGCGCUCCCGUGUUGGACGCCCCAAUCGAAGAAAAACUUUACCCUCCUCCAGCUUUCAUUCGGACAACAGCACCGCAGGUGACUCGACUCCAACCAUCAUGACGCGCUCUCCCCCAGCCGCUGCCUCACGUACUCCUCAGACGGCACCUCCCAAUCGCCGAGGUGCCAAGCCCGCUCCCAUGAACAAUCCUUUCACCAGCGUUCGCUCAUCUCCCAGCACAGGUGCCUCUGGUCCUGGCAAGGCUCUUAGAAAGAAGUCUCGUACCUUUGAGGGUGCUGCGGAUGAUGAGGAUGAGACUUAUCGCAAGGGCCCUCACACCCUGCGGAAACGUACAAAGAUUGAUUAUUCCGCUGCUGACUUCGAGGAUGAGCUGCCCGAGAUUGCCAUUCCCGCCCCCCGCACCGCUACUCGCAAAAGAAGAGCAGACAGCGAGGUGGCUGAUGACGAUUAUUUCACUCCUGCCUCUCAAAAGCGUCGUGCCACUUCGAGAGAUUUUUCCGUCUCCAGUCUGCCUGCCGCUCGCCGCCGGACCCCGGCUCGGAAGAGCGUCGUCGAGCAGCAGUCUUUUUACUCUCAGCCAUCAGACGAGGACAUUGUCAAGGACACUAUUGAGGUUGUUGGCGAUUCUUCUGAUUUGGUGAGCUCAGACGAGGCAUCUGACCAUGAGGACGAUGAAAAUGACCUCUCUGGCCGCAUUUCAUUACCUGACAAUCUUGGCCAACCUUCCUCGCCUACUCAGCGAAAGGCUCAAGAAGUUCAUCAACUCGUCUCACCAGUCGAGCAUCAUAUUAUCAAGCAAGAUGAGAAGCAGCCCGUUCAGGUUCAGCCUGUUUCCGGCGUUGCUGCCACCGACAUGAACUCCGGCCUGGUAAUCGCUCACCCACAGCCCAUCCGACUCAAUCAAGUCACCUUAUUCAACAAUACCGCCCCAGCCCAAGAGGCCCACCCUACUCAUACACGCGGCCACGAGUCUUUGGAAGACUUUUCAUUUCAGCCCAAGAGAGAAGCCAGCUCUCCCGUACGUCCAACUGACACCGCUCCCCAAAAGGCGGUCGAGCCGGAAGCGGCUGGGUCGGCCACCGGACCUCAAAUGGUUUUCGGCUCACAAGAAAACUCCGCACCGGCUAUUAUUGCUGACAACUCAAACAUUACCGCACCCUCCGCAACCACCAAUAACAACAGCAACAUAAUCAGCUUUCUCAACAAUGAAGACGCCUCUAUUGCACAAUCUCCUGAGCCAAUCUCAGAACCUAUCGUCGACUUUACUGUUAAUGGCAGAAUUACCAAUGGCUACGCUGUCGCCACCGAGGAUAUGCUUCCGGUUGAGGAGCCGCCUCAAGGCCCGCCUCAAAGCCCACCUCAGAGCCAGGAAUCUGCCGCAGGACCCGAUCCUGUCAAGGCUUCUGAGUCCUUCGUCACCAAAUUGGAGGAUGCUGCGCCUGCCCACGAUGAGAUGGACAUUGACGAUGCCCCUGCUGAAGAACCGGACACUAAAAUGCAGGAGGAAGUUCCGGUCGAGCUGCCCGACUCUGCUCCCGAGGACCCAGAAGAAGUUUAUGAGGAGCCCGAGGUCACGAAGCCCCGCUACGCAUGGUCUCACCUGACGCCGUACAUUGAUGGCGAACAUAUCACCCAUUCCAUUUACCCCGUCAUGGUUGAAGGCUCUGCGCCAAACUCCAAUGGCGACGGACCUUACGCCAAUGGCGAUGCUGAAAUUGCGGAGGAAAUUGCAGAACAGGCCGAUGCAAAUGCCGAUAGCCACCAGCCUGACGGCGAGGGCGAUGAGGACGCCAACGCCGAUGCUGAGGGCGAGGUUGAAGAAGCCGAUCGCGAUGCUUAUCACGAGGACGAGCACCCGCCUGACAGCCAGGGUCAACAGUUGUCUCAGGAAUCUGCAUACAACUCUGAAGCCCCAACGCCCGCGCUCACUCCCCGUCAGGGCUCACCAGCCUUGCCAUCUACUGCCGCAACCGGCACAAACACACCCGCUCCACCCAGGCCGAGGCAGCGCUUUAGGAAGCAGUACAAAUUCAAGAAAGUGAGAGACCCAUCAGAGUACCUCGAAUUCUUAAAAGACACCAAAAAGCUUUCCUACGAAGAAUUAUGGGACCUGUUGGCCCAGGUCAACUCUAGCCUCGUCGCCUGGCAAGACGAGUACAAGGACUGCACCAAGGUUGUCGACGACCAAGAAAAUGCACAGCGUCGCGCGGUUCAGGAUGCCGCCUUCGAAAAGAAGACUGCUGACUUGGACGCCUUUGCCAAGGUAGAGUCAUACAUUGAGAAGGACUUUGACAUCCAGGGCUACCGAGCGACUAUCAAAGAAAAGGAUGCUGGUGUUCUCGAGCAGCGUUGGCAGGAUAGGGUCAUGGCCAGCGCCUUUGGAUUUGAAUAUGACCCUCAUCCCAAUAAGGUUGGAAACCAAGAUCCUGACGCCCAGAGGGAUGGUGGCGGCGAGGGUCGGCAGCUACGAAGCCAGCCACAGGCAAGUGCCAAGGCCGCCGAAGGUGACGGUGUUAUCGUCUCUGGCAAAAGAACCCGCAAUCCUCCAAAGUUGUUCGACGGCGUGUUACAGGAUGACCGCUCGUCGACUCCGGGAGCGAACAAGCCUGGCCAAAAGAGACGGGGCCGGGCAGCUGCCGCUGACCGGGUCUCGAACUCGUUUGUCCAAGAUGAGCAAGAGGCUGAGCAGGAACCCCAAACGAUAUCACCAGCCAAGGUCGGGCGUAAAAGAGGCCCAAGAGGCAAAAGAGUCAUUGUGGACUCCGAACCCAGCACCCCCGUACCUGACCAGGAUGCCAUCGCACCACCGCCUCCCGAGCCGGAGCAACAAGACCCCCCCAAACGGAAGCGCGGCCGGCAACCCAAGCCCAAGCCCGCUGAGGAACCAGAGCCAGAGGCUGAGGACCGCACUCCCAAGCGCGGCCGCGCAGCGAAGAGGCAAUCCAACGGUCACGUACCUCUUCCAGAGACGACGGAUGAAUCACGUCCGACAUCGUCGUCCUCCAAUGCCACCAUUUCAGACGACGGAUCUACCUACGGCUUGCGCCAAAACAAAAGACAACGCAACUGGAGAGAGGAGGCAGAUGUUGAUGAGGAGGCCAUGGAGGUCAUGCAACAGCAGAAGCGGCCUCGCAUCCGACUUAACCGGAAGCAGAGCGCACCAGAGCUGGCUCCGAAGAAGACGGUAUCGGAGCGUAUCCUCACGGACUUCCGUGAUUUCCAUGCCCCUACCACUCCUGAUACCCCACAACUUAUAGUAUCAUUCAAGCUCAUCGGCAAGGACCAGUGGACCGUCAAGACCGCCUCAACGCCGCGCCAGACAUCGACAGAUGUCAGCGAGUACAACGUGUCGACUCCCCGGCCCGCGCCGGUAUCUGCGCCAGCAUCGGCCAAGUCCUCUGCUCCACCAAGCCAGGCUGGCGGCGAAGAGAAGGAUUAUUCCACCAUGACCAAGUCCGAGAAAAUGUCGGCCUCAAUGAAGAAGCGCUGGCUCAACGGAAGCAUGCAAGGUGCUGUCAACAAGCGAAAGGCCACCUUGGCCGCCAAAAAGGCAGCGGCCGCAGCCGCCGAAGCCGCCCAGGCAGCUCAAGCGCAGGCCGCCCAGCAAAAGGCAAUUCAAUUUCAACACCAUGCCGGAAUUCUACCCAUGCCCCCGAACCACGGCCAAUAA